AUGAAAGUCCUAGUUAGAGCUUACUUCCGAGAAGCCAAAUGGUUCCAUCAGAAAUACACACCAACAAUGGAUGACUACAUGUCGGCAGCGCUUAAUACAUCCAACUUCAUGUUGGCAACCACAUCCUUUGUUGGAAUGGGAGAUAUUGCUACCAAAGACUCCAUGGAUUGGGUUUUUCGACGACCCUAA